AUUAUAAUAACCGUGAAAAGCUUUGUGUCGUGGUUCAAAUAUAAUCAAUAAUGACAAAAAAUACGAAUUCAACCAAUUUUACAACUUGUUAAUAUUUUUAACAAACGAGUGAUGACAGACAGACAGGUAAAUGUUAUGUUAAAAUUACUUGUGAGCACCAAAAUUGGGUCAGAUUUACACUGCUUGCUUGCCUGCAUGACUGCAAAACGAUGAGGAUGUAAUUUAAAAAAGGGACUUAGAUACUUCACGUAGACUAAAAAGAUACCAAUGAUAGAAAAAGCUCAUCAUCCAGCUGAAGGUCUGUCAAAACUGAACUGGUGUUGAGGUAAGGAUGAACCAGAGAUAAAUGGGCUAAUGUCUCUCAAUGACAAAACAGUAGUUGCACCAUCUCAUCUGAGGGUUCAGUUAACAGUAAAACCCAUUUCUGACGUUGCAUCACAAAUGUCUGAGAUAAAACACCUAUGCUUACCCUUUGGACAUGAAAUUAGCCAAGCAAAAGCACAUUCUUUGUUCAGAUGAGAAGAUGAUUGGAAUUAAUUAAACAUGUUCUGUCUCAGAAUUAUUGAGCAAAAGCAUCAGACCAGCAGAACAAACCCACCACCCCAUGAAAACAGACUAUUUUAGUACAGCACAUAUUUGUUGCUGGUUCUCAGUGCCCACAACUGUCUUUUUAUUUAGAUACUAAGUAUAUGUAAGUAUAGCUUUCAUGGGUCACCUGAAGGAGUUUAAGCUCAUUUGAAAGGUUAAGCUAAAUUGAACUUUCUGUUUUGCUGUAAGUACUACAAUUUUAAAGGUGUGGAACACUUGUUUAAUCAGUACAUUUGUAGUGGUCUAGUAGGAAGGAAUGCUUUGUAUGUUGUACUUGGGAAAGAAAACCACUGACGCACCAUUUUCAGGACAUAGAAGUGAGCUACAUCACAGCUGAGUUUCAGAUGGCAGGAGUGUUAUUUGCUGAUAUUUGGACAUCUUGCUUGGACUGGAUAACAGCAACACGAUUCUACCACUGACUUGUAACACAGAUGUUUUUCCUCCACAAAUAACACAAGCAUGAAGAAGUUCUGCUGUGUGGUGCAGUUGCUAAUGCUAACAGUGAGCAUCUAACAUCUUAGACGUCCUCUGUAGUUUCCUGGAUGCUCAACCAACAGCCUUUCCUGUAAGCGAGUUCAUGACUGUUCAGUGACAGCUGUGAAACUCUAGAAUUUGCAAAGCCUGAGACAAAUCCUAGAGUUUCACUGUCUAUUUUCUAUUACAAGCUAAUGCUAGAAGAUAGGUGUAGGAGACAAUUUUCAUGUUAAGCUUGCAUAAAAAACUCAGAGUAACCGAUUAUAAUCAGAAAUAAGUUCUUUUAAAUGUUUUUCCAGUUUUCCACUCACGUUUCGGGACUGCGCUGCUCUGGGUGGCUGCAUGUUGGAGUAGCUCUGUUGACUAAAUGUAAGUUUUGCCUUUUUUUUGGACAUUUUUUCUUCUACUUUCUCAAGAAAAACUGUAUUUUUGGACAUUUUACUUUUCUGUUUCUGGUGCUGUGAAGCUAAGAAGAUGGGAGCAAAAUGGAGACAGAGAAAGAGGAAAUUCAAACCAUCUUCCAUCGAUCAUAAUGGGCAAUGUGAGAUCACUGGACAACAAGAUGGAUAAACUCCAAGCCCUUUCAAGGACUCAGCCAGAGUAUCGGCAAUGCAGUGUUAUGUGUUUCACUGAGACGUGGCUGCAGAACCAUAUCCCCGAUUCCAGCAUCUCUCUGCCAGAAUUCCUGACUGUACGAGCAGACAGAGAUCUGAAGAGGAGCAGGAAAAGAAAAGGAGGUGGAGUGGCAAUGCUUGCCAACAACAGAUGGUGCCAUCCAGGCCAUGUUUCAGUGAAAUGUCGUCUCUGCAACCCAGAUGUUGAACUCUUGGAAAAUACAAACCACUUGUUCAGAGGCAACCUGUGACAAGAAGAACUGUGAGAAAAUGGUCACAGGACACUGAAGAAGCCCUGCAGGGUUGUUUUGAUACCACAGAUUGGACGACUCUCUGCCAAGGAUAUGAAAAGGACAUCAGUGCCAUGACUGGAUGUGUCACUGACUGUAUAAACUUCUGUGUGGACAAAAUCAUACCCGCCAGAACAGUGAGAUGCUUUGCUAAUAACAAACCCUGGAUCACCAGUGAAUUGAAGAAUCUUCUAACUGAGAAAAAAAGAGCCUUCAAGGAGGGAGAAAGUGGAUUAUUGAGGAGUAUACAGAAGCAACCGAAGAUCAAGAUCAGAGACAGCAAGGAGGCAUACAGGAAGAAGCUGGAGAACAAACUACAGAGGAACAAUAUCAGAGAUGUCUGGUCAGGGAUGAAGAAGAUCACUGGCUUCAAGCAGAGGAAGGAUUGCACAGAUGGCAGCCUGGACACAGCCAAUGAACUGAACAAGUUCUUCAAUAGGUUCAGUUCAGGAACAAACCCAGCAUCCUCCUCGCCUGUCCCCAGCCAAUCAGACAUCCCAUCCUCCUCUGAUCCAACAUUUUCCUGUCACACGCCAGCUCUUUUGUCCUCUAAUGCAGUCAUGGACUCUUCUGGUUCUAUAAAUCUGUCUUCAACCAAGUCAGGAGAUGUUGCUGCCCCAUUUACCUCCCCCUCCCACCUAUCUGUCUCUAGAAGUCAGGUGAAGAGGCAGCUGGAGAGACUGAACAGAAACAAGGCUGCAGGUCCAGAUGGUGUCAGCCCCAGAGUACUGAAGGCCUGUGCAGAGCAGCUCUGUGGGAUUCUGCAGCACCUCUUCAACUUCAGCCUGGCCCAGGUGAAGGUUCCAGUCCUGUGGAAGACAUCCUGCCUUGUUCCAGUUCCAAAGAAAACUCGCCCAUCAGUCAAUGACGACUACAGACCGGUUGCUCUGACAUCCUACAUCAUGAAGGUCCUGGAGAGACUCCUGUUGGUCCACCUGAAUAAGCAAACUAGGACAUAUCAGGACCCGCUGCAGUUUGCUUAUCGCCAUGGAGUUGGAGUUGAAGAUGCCAUCAUCCAGCUGCUUCAACCAAUCCACUGUCAUCUGGACAAAGCAGGCAGCAUUGUGAGGGUCACGUUCUUUGAUUUCUCCAGUGCAUUUAACACAAUCCAGCCUGAUGUACUUUGCCAGAAACUCCAGAAGACACAGGUGGGGGGCCUCAACUAUCGCCUGGAUUAAAGACUACCUGACAAACAGACCACAGUUUGUGAGGCUGAAGAACUGCACAUCAAACCAGGCGAUCAGUAACAUUGGGGCACCACAGGGGACUGUACUCUCACCAUUCCUUUUCACCCUGUACACCUCAGACUUCCAGUACAAAUCAGAGACCUGUCAUCUACAGAAAUACUCAGAUGACUCUGCAGUUGUCGGGUGUAUCAGAGAUGGACAGGAAGCUGAGUACAGAGAGCUGGUGGAGCGCUUUGUGGCAUGGUGUGGAAACAAUCAUCUGACCUUGAAUGUGAACAAAACAAAGGAGAUGAUUUUAGACUUCAGAAGAAACAGGGCGGAGUCAAACACUGUUUCCGUCAUGGGAGAAGAAGUGGAGGUGGUUGAGGAAUACAAAUACCUUGGAGUUCACCUGGACAACAAACUGGACUGGAGAUAGAACAGCAAAGCCAUUUACAAGAAGGGACAAGGCAGACUGCGCUUCUUGAGGAUGCUUAGGUCCUUCAACGUCUGUAGCAAGAUGCUGCAGAUCUUCUACAAGUCUGUUGUUGAGAGUGUAAUCUCUUGAGCCAUCUUCUGUUGGGGUAGUAGCAUCAGAAGCAGGGACCUGAAAAGGCUCAACAGCCUAAUAAGAAAGGCUGGUUCUGUUCUGGGGACGACUGUGGAACCACUGGAUGAGAUAAUGCAAAGAAGUAUUCUCCAGAGAAUCAAGAAAAUUAUGGACAACCCUGAGCAUUCUCUUCACAAGACUGUCCGACAACGGAAGAGUGUCUUCAGUCAGAGGCUUCUUCAGUUUGGCUGCAACACUGACCGCUAUUGGAGAUCUUUCCCCCCAACAGCCAUUGUAAUAUAUAACAACUCUUUGACAACUUGAUCACUAUUAUCAUUAUUCUGAGCUACGACAGCAAUCAAUUUCCCUCUGGGAUUAAAAAAGUAUUUUUGAAAUGAAUUGAAUUUAAAGCAAUGACAUCUGUAAAAUAAUAUUUCACAUAAAAUAACAUUUUACUCUUAUGAAUUAACAUAAAACUAUUUUCAUGAGAAAGGGGAGUAUGAAUGGACAUUAUAAAAUAGUGACUGAUUAAUUGGCAUUUAGAGAAAAUAAAACUUAAAGCCCAUGUACCUGUGCACAAACAAAACAAAUAUUGCUUUCACUCCUCAUAUCUCACCGUAAUUGAAUAGUUUAACAUGAUACAAUUUAUUAAUUAUUCAGUUCUAUUCUGUUUUACCUGAGAUAUGCGAAUAAAUUAAAAUAAUUUUUGAAGAGUUCAGUUCAGUUCUGAGAGCCGCCUGUAAGUGUCAGUAAUUUGCUCAUGCCUUAUGAAAUAAAUCCAGAAGAAAAUCACGUGAUUCCACUGAUUGCGUUGGCAAGGCAACAGUCACAACCUUAUUUUGGUGCUAAGCACACACCCAGGAAGCACAAUGCCUGAGGUCAAGUCGAUAUUGAGAGAAGUUCUGCCUAAACAAGGGCAGCUUUCCAUGGAAGACGUUCCUACCAUGGUUCUGUGUAAGCCAAAGUUGCUCCCCCUCAAAUCAGUCACCCUUGAGAAACUGGAGAAGAUGCAGAUGGAGGCUCAAGAGGCUGUCAAACGACAGGAAAUGGCUUUGAAGGAGCAAGUGCAUGGUUGAAAGAUUUUAUGCU